GCAUCAAUUGAUUCAUAUUAUGGACGGUAACCAUGCGCGAAAAAUUUGAGAAAAUAUCUUAAUUAAUAGAAAAAAUUUGAAAAAAAUAAAUUUAGUAUGGAUUUUGAGAAUGGAGAUAAUAAUAUUAUUGAAGAGGAUUAUUACUCCUUCUUAAAUGUUUCACGUAAUGCAACUAAUGAAGAAAUUAAUAAUGCUUAUAGACGGCUUAGUCGUCUAUAUCAUCCAGAUAAACACAUUGAUCCAGAACACAAAAAAGAAGCUGAAAACUUAUUUAAUAAAACCAAGAAAGCUUACGAAGUUUUAUCGGAUCCACACCAAAGAGCGAUAUAUGAUAAUGUAGGAGUGCGUGGUUUAGAAACGGAAGGAUGGCAAAUUGUUCAAAGGACGCGUACUCCAAAUGAAGUGCGCGCAGAAUAUGAGCGAUUGGCUCGAGAGAAGGCAGAACGUCGCUUACAACAACGCACAAAUCCUAAAGGUUCUAUUACUGUUAAUAUUCGUGCUACUGAAUUGUUUAACAAGUUAGAUGAUCAAGCGUUAGAAUAUGCAGCUAUGGAUAAUGCAGGCUUCGUUCCUUCAAUCGAGGUUUCUGGAAUGAAUUUUACACAAUCCGUAGAAUUACCUUUAACGCUACGUGAUACGGCAACAUUAUCAGGACAGUUGGGAACUCAAAAUGGAACAGGUGGGGGCUCAGUUAAUUUAGCAUGUAGACAUUUAGUAUCAGAACGUGGAUGGGUUGAAAUGGAAAUGGGAGCAGGUAAUGGCCCAGUUAUGUCUUUUAAAGGUUUUCGAACCUUAACGAAGCAUAUUUUUUGUAACGGAGGCACGGUGCUUCAUUUUAAUUCACAGUAUGGUAGCAAUAUUGGAAUUCGACCUGGAUUAUUUGGGACAAUUGCCAUGCAGCUAGAUAAACAUACGGUAGGAUAUUUAACUUAUCGAGCUGGUAUUCAAUCUUGUAUGACAACGAGUGUCGUUCGCGAUACAGAAACAUCUACAUUCAAUUUUACGGUAUUAUUUGGAAUUCCACAUUCGUAUUUGUCUACAAAUUACACAAGAAAAAUGUUAAAUAGAGAAAUGAAAUUACGUUUAUCAUUCAAAAUUGGCACAUUUGGUACAUUAAUUGAAUAUGGUGUCGAAAAAAAAGUGUCUAAACAUAGUACAAUGUCAACAGCAGUUAGUGUUGGUAUACCAACUGGGGUCAUAUUAAAAAUAAAAUUUACACGUGCAAAUCAAACAUAUUUGUUUCCAAUACAUUUGUGCGAUGAUAUCCUGCCAUCCCCAAUAUUUUAUGCAACAGUUACACCACUUAUUACAUAUUUUAUUAUUCGUAAAUUAGUUGUUGAUCCGUAUGUACGGGAACGUGAAGAAGCAGAUAAAGCAAAACAACGUGAAGUCAACCGUACACGAAUUGCUGAAAAACGUCGUGAAGCAUUAUCAGCUAUUGAAUUAAUGAAAGCAACAUAUGAACGUGUUUCUAAUGAGGAAGAAACUCGUAGAGGACUUGUUAUUAUUAAAGCUACUUAUGGAAAAUUAAUUAAUAUUCCAGGCGGAGACGGGAAUGAACCAGCUGAUAAUGAAAUAAUUGAUGUGACAAUACCGUUACAAUGCCUUGUUAAAGAUAGUAGAUUAGUUUUACACGAGUCUUCAAAGAGCCAAUUGCCUGGAUUUUAUGAUCCAUGUGUAGGUGAUGAAAAAACUUUGAAAAUUCAAUACUUGUUUCGUACAAUUCCACAUGAAGUUUCAAUCACCGACACUGAGCCAUUAAGAAUUCCAAAACAAUCACAUCGUGUAAAUAAUAAUAAUACAUAGUAUAAAACGUGCCGUCAUCGUCGCUUUAAAAUCAAGUAGGUGAAGUCUUAUCAUGGAAUUGAUCAUAAAAAAUGUGGUGGGAUUUGAAGAAAAUGAAAUAUGUUAUUGGCCCUUAAUUUCAUUACAUAAGGGUUGUUAGACAUUUCUGUAGAUAAUGUU